AUGUUCUCUUCAACAACUGUCGUCUUGGCUGCCCUCCUCGGCGUCGUCAGCGCCAACUACGCCGUCUAUAACAUCAACAAGUGGGCCACCGAGGCCUGCGGAGCGCGCAAAAAUGUGCGGCGCACCGACAUCCGCGCCGUCUUCGACUCUACCGGCGCCAACACCGUGAAAUUCUACGGCCUGAACAACGCGCCGAAGCUUGCUGACGCCAUCGCCGACGACGCCAACAUCCCGCUCCACGCAACGCUGACCAGCAUGUCGAAGAAAGUGUCUGUUAAGAGCUACCUCAAGGGCAAGGCCACCGCCACCAAGUCGAUCACCGCCAACGGCUUCCCGUACAGCAAGGGAGACGAUGCCGCCAUUAUGACCCGCUUCAUCGCCAACAGCUGGAAGAGCUCAAACGGUCUGAUCCUCCAGAUGAGCCAGUACAUCAGCAACGGAGCUACUCUCCUCUACGACUACGAGCUUGCCCCGAACGCCGUCCAGAUGGUGCCGAUGUACCUGGCCGUCGAUGGUGACUUCACGGGAGACGUGACCUUCUACCAGGCUAUUCUGUGCAACGACGGAACCACCUGGACCACCAAGGAAGACGCCCCCAAGACCACGGCCAAGUCGACCGUCCCCACCUCCUCAGCCACCACCGCCACCACCCCCACCACCGCGGCCGCC